CUCCGAGCCUCGGAUCCCCACCCCUCGCGAGAAGGAGGGGGAAACCCCGGGCGCGGCGUGGCUGCAACCGGGGCGCGGAGAGUGCUCCCCUCCGGCACAGGGAGGACGGAGAGAUGCUGCGAGGGGCGUCAUUAGGGUAAUUGCGCUCAUUACCGCUGUUCCAGCCCGAAUCUCCCAUCUGUCUGCCCCUGGGGUUAUCGGCUGCAGGUCAAAAGGGUGCUCGCGGGCUGGGGUGGCCCAGGCUGGGCGAAUGAGCACGGUGAGGUGGGGGUCUCUAACGGAGCAUCUAUUUUAACCCGCCCCCCCCAACACACACACACCCUAGCAGAUCCUGGCCAUGAGACCCCCGCACCUCCACCUCUCCGCCGCCUCUGGCGCUCGGGCUCUGGCGAAGCUGCUGCCGCUGCUGAUGGCGCAACUCUGGGCCGCGGAGGCGGUGCUGCUUCCCCAAAACGACACGCGCUUGGACCCCGCAGCCUACGGCGCCCCGUGCGCGCGAGGCUCGCAGCCCUGGCAGGUCUCGCUCUUCAACGGCCUCUCGUUCCACUGCGCGGGUGUCCUGGUGGACCAGAGUUGGGUGCUGACGGCCGCGCACUGCGGGAACAAGCCACUGUGGGCUCGAGUCGGGGAUGACCACCUGCUGCUUCUUCAGGGCGAGCAGCUCCGCCGGACCACUCGCUCUGUUGUCCAUCCCAAGUACCACCAGGGCUCAGGCCCCAUCCUGCCAAGGCGAACAGAUGAGCACGACCUCAUGUUGCUGAAGCUGGCCAGGCCCGUAGUGCCGGGGCCCGGCGUCCGGGCCCUGCAGCUUCCCUACCACUGUGCCCAACCUGGAGACCAGUGCCAGGUCGCUGGCUGGGGCACCACGGCCGCCCGGAGAGGCAAGAGCUGGGGCCCUGAGGCUGGAAUCUCAGGAGGAGGGGGCUGGGGGCCUGAACCCCUGGAUCUGAGGAAGGAUGGGCUGGGGACUGGACUCCUGGGUCUGAGGGAGAGGGACUGGGGUCCUGGAUGCCUGGGUCUGUGGGUCUGAAGGAAGGAGGGGCUGGGGACCUGGACUCCUGGGUCUAAGUGGGGAGGGGCUGGGGCCAGGAUUCUUGAGUCUGAAGGAGGAGGAGCUGGGGCCUGGAAUAGAAACAGUCUUGUAUCUGGAUUCCUGGCUCCCCAAGGAUUGGGAGCUGGACCCAGUGAUUACUGGCAUAUUCUCCCUUUAGUGAAGUACAACAAGGGCCUGACGUGCUCCAGCGUCACUAUCCUGAGCCCUAAAGAGUGUGAGGUCUUCUACCCUGGCGUGGUCACCAACAAUAUGAUAUGUGCUGGACUGGACCGGGGCCAGGACCCCUGCCAGAGUGACUCAGGAGGCCCCCUGGUCUGUGAUGAGACCCUCCAAGGCAUCCUCUCAUGGGGUGUUUACCCCUGCGGCUCUGCCCAGCAUCCAGCUGUCUACACCCAGAUCUGCAAAUAUAUGUCCUGGAUCAAUAAAGUCAUACGCUCCAACUGAUCCAGAUGCCCAGAGGCUCCAUCGUCCAUCCUCUUCCUCCCCAGUCGGCUGAACUCUCCCCUUGUCUGCACUGCUCAAACCUCUGCCACCCUCCACACCUCUAAACAUCUCUCCUCUCGUCUCAUUCCCCCACCCAUCCCCAUUGUCUGACUGCACUGAAGCUGAAAUGCAGAGAUUCAUUAUUCCAGAGAAGCAAGGAAGCCAGUCAUCGCCCAGUCUCUGACAGCAGUUGUUGGGGUCACCCAACCUGACUUCCUCUGCCACUCCCUGCUGUGUGACUUUGGGCAAGCCAAGUGCCCUCUCUGAACCUCGAUUUCCUCAUCUGCAAAAUGGGAACAAUGAUGUGCCUACCUCUUAGCCAUGUUGUGAGGAGACUAUGAUAUAACAUGUGUAUGUAAAUCUUCAUGGUGAUUGUCAUGUAAGGCUUAACACAGUGGCUGGGGAGCUCUGACUAAAGGUUACCUGUUGUCAUGAUCUGACCACAUCCCAGUGAGAGCAUGUCCAGGGAAGAAGUGCACAGCGUAGCCCCCAAUCCCAACCCUGCGCCCCCAUCCCUUAGGGAUGAUGGAAGAAUCAUUUUCCCCACCCCAGUUCCAAGUCCCAGGAACCACCUUUUAACCACUUCCUUCUCAUCUCCCACUGUUUCCCACUUCUGGUUCCACCCAACACCAGUUCCUCCUGUCUUGGUAGGAACUAGGCUGGCCGUGAGUCAUAGAGCACCUUCUCUGCCUUCAGGGGGCCGUUGGAACUCAAGGGACCUCACCUUGCUUCCAUCCUAGCCUCUAAGACCAGAGGACCGAGGGGUAGUGAAGAUUGGGGAACUCUUGCCACCUCAACUGCCAAGUUUGUGCCAAGAAACUUCCCUCUGACAUUUAGGGGAAAAAUCUUUGGUUUGUCUGUUAUGAAUUGGCUGUGAGAUUUUCGUCCUGAAAACUUGGGAGGAGGAAUUUUUUGACUCUCCCUGAAAUUGGGGGAGGAGAGGGGAGUUAAUACACAGAGUCCAGGUGAAGCUAAUAGAAGUUUGAGUGUGUACCGGGUGCAGUGGCUCACGCCUGUAAUUCUAGCACUUUGGGAGGCCGAGGAAAGUGGAUAUCUGAGGUCAGGAGUUCAAGACCAGCCUGGCCAAAAUAGCAAACUCUCAUCUGUACAGAAAAUAUAAAAAUUAGGCUGGCAUAUAAUCCCAUCUACUUGAGAGGCUGAGGCAGGAGAAUCACUUGAACCCCGGGGGCGGAGGUUGCAAGGGGCCGAGAUUGCACCAUUGCACUUCAGCCUGGACGAAAGAGCAAAACUCCGUCUCAAAAAAAGAAGUUUGAGUGUCUCAGCUUAUCCUGAACUUUGAAGCAGUAACAUAAGCUAGCUGAAUAUAGGCACAGUAGAAAUUUCCCAUUAAGCACUGGUUUGUUUGUCCUUUCAGUCACCAAUUUAUGGAGCAUCUAGUAUGUGCCAGGCCCAGUGCUGGGUGCUGCGGACAUACACAGGGGUGAUCACAAGGUCCCUCCCGCUGCAAAACCCACAGGAGAUUGACAUACAAGGUCUGAGCACAGAGUCUGGUACAUAGCUCCCUUCCGUGGCCUCUUUCCCAUUCUGCCCCCAUUAGCACACCCAGGAAAUGUCAGUCAGUCAUAUCAGCUGGGUUUGUCAUCCAAGGAUCAGAAGCGAGGUCAGUGCAAAUUUGAAAACUCGACUCAUUUUUAAAGGCAACUCACCCAUCCCUUUAGUCACUCCACGAUGUUUAUCGAGCCACGUCUUAUGCCAGGCCUCAAAGAUGAAUCAGAUCAGGCACUACCCUCAAGGAGUUGCUAGUUAGGUCAGGGAGAGAGGCCAGCCUUACAUUCCUGUCAUUCGGGUGUCCACUCAAAAGUCACCUCCUCCAGGAGGCCUUCCUGAAUUGCCCAGGCUAGAGGAGUUCACUUUUGGUCACCCAGUCCUGAUGCUCCGUUUAUUUUUUUAUAGCACCUAUUAUACCUGAAAUUAUCUCA